UUCUACAAGGCAUGUAUGUCCCUGUCUAGAUCGGUGCCUCUGUCCUUUUGCGCGCUAUGUGUGGCGUCUGUGGAUGGAGUUUCUGUCGCGUCCAUCCUCGGAUGAAAAUCUGGAACAUAUGAGAUGCGGUCAUGAAUUAUUCUCAAGGGUUCAGGGACACAGCGCCAGUGUUCAUCAAGGGCUAUCAUGCUACUGGAGUAACGCGUCUGCAUCAGGACCACGGAGCUGCUGACUUCCCAGGCAGAGAGGAGGGACAUGUCAACACCGAGGCGGAUUUUCCUCGGUAUCAUUUCACGAAUCUCAGUGCCACGGCCACAGGCGCGUGUUCAAAGCCCUGUGAGGACCCUGGCCGUGCUAACUCGACCAGACCCCACUUCCCCCGUAAUCAAGAUUUCUAUAGCCCAGUGCACCCCAUCCGACCCGAAGCCCCCUCCUUCCAAAGCUGUCGUGAACGGGGUCUCUCCAGAACGGGCUUCUCGUCCUCCUCAAACACUUUAAGAACUUUCUCCGGCGCGCAUUGUGAACUCGGCCCUGUCAACAUCACACACCUCGAUGUGCACACAUGCGACGGCCCAGUGCUUCACCCUGCAGCCGAGGACAAUAACACCAGACGCGACGCUCUAAAAACGUUCAAUGAGACAUUGCAAAGCGGAAAGACAUUCGAUUGGAUGAGACUGAGAAGAAAUCAGUCCCGUACAGCUAAGAUAUAUCUGGACCCGGAGCUGAAGACGGACCACGGACGAGAUCCUGAGGAGGACUCCUCGAGUGAAGCACCACGAACAAAUUUUACAACCAAACAACUCACAGAACUGGAAAAGGAGUUUCAUUUCAACAAAUACCUGCCUCGAGCUAGACGGACAGAGAUCGCAAACAGUCUCCAGCUGAGCGAAACACAAGUCAAGAUCUGGUUUCAAAACAGGCGCAUGAAACAGAAGAAAAUGAGCCGGGAAGGCCUAUUUCCAGGACUAAUGCUGAUUUCUGGGUGUGAUGAGGACUCGAAAAAAUGUGAUACUUGUUCAUCUCCUGACAAAUCAUAAUUUCUGGUAGGUUACGAUUGUGGGAAGGCUGCCAUACUAAAAUCUGAACUCUCACGUGAAUGCGUUAUAACAAGAGAGUGAACGAUUAAAAUAUAUUUACACACCCAAAAUUAAGUAUGCCACCAAACAUAAAUAUUUAUUUGUCGAUCCAACUGUGUCAGAAAAUAAAAGUAACUCGCUAUAGUAAAAUAUUGAGUUUACUCACCUGUUGAGGCAUGCGGAUAAGUCUUGAUUUCAUUCAAAUGCACUUUAUGGGUAUUCGUACAUUUAAAAUGUUAUAAUUGUCUACAUUUACAUAUUUUUUCCAAUUCUGAAUCUGCUUCUGUUAUUAAAGAUCUGAAAAUGAAUCGUUUAUAUUAAUAGAUCUCUCCAGGGUCCAAAAAUUAACCAGGUAUAGGGCAAAAGUGCAACGACAAGUGACAAAAAUACCCCAAAUAUUUUAAACAAAAGAAAGAAAA